CUCGCCCGGGGGAGCGGCCUUCCGCCCGGUGCCGCCCUGGCGGCCGGGAAGAACUAGUGCCCCCGAGCGCCCGGCCCGCCGCGGCCUGGGGGCGGGGGGCGGCGCGGCCGGCUGGUGCCUGCGUGGCCCUCGGGCGGCCGGCGGCGCCUGGUGCCCCGAGCCCCGCCGGGAGCGUGGCCGCCGCCGCGCUCGGGGCCCUGGGCCUUGCCCGAGCUCUCGUCGCGGUCAGGCGGCUCCGAGGCCUUGCUUGGCCCUCCUCAGGGCCGCGCGCCCCUCGCAGCCAUCCCGGGGGCCCGGUGAGCACCUGAAAUGGAUAAAAGUUGCGGUUUUUGUUACUUCUCAUGAGUUGUGUGUCUCGAAUGAAAACUAUGAAAUUAAUCUAGGACAUGGAAUGGCACUGGGCAUCCAGGAGGACCUGCAAGGAAUAACUGAGGAAUAUCAGAAACACCAGUAGAGAAACCUUUUAAAUUUCUUCAAGCGGGAGAAAAAGUGAGUAUUGUUUCAAAUUAAGGAAAAUCUACAGUGGAGAGAAAUUGAAUAAAGUCACAAAUUUUAAAAAUCUGCUAUUUAACAUCCUAAUGUAAAUUUAGAACGACAGAUGAAAGAUCAAAUCUUUAAAAGUAUUUUUAAAUAUGGUAAAAUGUUUUUAAAACUUUUGGGCCAGGAUUCUGAAACUUGGUAACUCCAAAAUAUGGAAAAGCUUCAGUGAAAAAUAUUCGACUCUUAAGAAUAUACCAGAUAUACACAAGGAAGAUGCUCUGAGAGUGGAAAAGUGCCACCAGGAAAUUUUUACAUACUUACAUUUUACCCUGGUAAACAUAAGUUGAAGCUCAGUCUUUGAGGAUGCUAUAUUGAAUGUAAUACAUGUUAGAUUUCUUCACAUGAACAAUAGUACCUACUAACUUUCUUGUUCACCUAAAGAUACUCUACAGCUGUUCUGGAAUGCCAGCUGUCAGGACAUUGCAAUGUCAGGAUAGCUUAGAAUCUUCAUCCAAGUGGAUGGACUGCCACCCAGUGAACACUGCUUACAGAGCACCAUGAUCACCAUUUUUUUUUUUCUUUGUGGCAGUGAUGUAAAAUCAGGUCCUUUUGGAAGGGGAGAAACCACACUGCAUCUCUGCUACACAAGAUUACUCUGCCUAUGCCCUUGAGGCUUUUAUACUCCCUUCUCAAGCAGUAUUUUGCACGUAGACUUAUCUCACUUGGGUUUGUUCUUGUGGACAUAUCUUGCCUCUCUCCUGCUGUCUCUUUCUCUGUUGAGUUAGGGAGAGUAUGCAGGUAUUCCCAUUAUUCCUGACUGGUGCUGCUGUAUGUGUCAAGAAAGAGGAGAAUGGGGUUCUGAAAACAGACUGUCCAUAUCUUGCAGGAGUGACAGCUAGGUAGCGCUUUGAUAGUGGUGGUUCUCUGAGUUCUUAAGAUCUUCAUCUCUAGGCUAGCACUUCCAACAUGAGCCUUUAUCCCUUUUGGCCCACUCCCCCUCCUUCCGUACAAAUCCUGGUGCCUUUGGGGUCUUUAAGCUAGUCUUUUUGUUUUGCUUUUAUUUUUUUUUCCAAUCCGGCAAGGCUUUUCCCUUUUCUUCUCCUGUUGGUUGUUUGAAACCAAAUUCAGUAUGAAUAAGAGAGGGAAAUAUACAACAUUGAAUUUGGAGGAGAAGAUGAAGGUUCUCAGCAGGAUUGAAGCUGGACGAUCUCUUAAAAGUGUAAUGGAUGAAUUUAGAAUCAGUAAAUCAACAUUUUAUGACAUCAAAAAGAAUAAGAAAUUGAUUUUGGACUUUGUACUGAAGCAGGACAUGCCAUUAGUAGGGGCUGAGAAGAGAAAGAGAACAACAGGAGCCAAAUAUGGUGAUGUGGAUGAUGCAGUCUACAUGUGGUACCAACAGAAACGCUCAGCUGGCAUCCCUGUUAGAGGUGUGGAGCUUCAAGCUGCUGCAGAGAGAUUCGCACAGUGUUUUGGGCGAACAGACUUUAAAGCUAGCACUGGUUGGCUUUUUAGAUUUCGAAAUAGGCAUGCGAUUGGGAAUCAAAAAGUAUGUGGGGAACAAGCCCUAAGUUCGGCUUCAGAAAAUGUUGAACCAUUUCGACAAAAUCUAUACAUGCUUAUCAAAGAGGAGAAGCUGAGUGUAGCUCAGCUGUACAGUGGGGAUGAAACUGACCUCUUUUGGAAGUCAAUGCCAGAAAACAUUCAGGCAAGCAGGAAAGAGAUCUGCCUGCCUGGGAGGAAAAUAAACAAAGAACGGUUGUCUGCUCUUUUAUGUGCAAAUGCAGAUGGAACUCAUAAAUUAAAGUCAAUCGUUAUUGGAAAAUCAAAGCUGCCCAAAAGUGUGAAAGAGGACACAAGUACAUUACCUGUGAUAUAUAAACCUAGUAAGGAUGUUUGGUUCACCAGAGAAUUGUUUUCAGAAUGGUUCUUUCAAAACUUUGUUCCUGAGGUCAGGCAUUUUCAACUUAAUGUUUUAGGAUUCCACGAAGAGGAUGUCAGGGCCAUGUUACUUCUGGACAGUUCUCCAGUUCACCCCUCCACCGAAUCACUAAGCAGUGAGGAUGGGCGGAUAAAAUGCAUGUUCUUUCCCCAUAAUACUUCAACCUUGAUUCAACCAAUGCAUCAAGGCGUGAUCUUGAGCUGCAAACGACUUUAUAGGUGGAAGCAACUUGAAGAGAGUCUUGUAAUUUUUGAAGAAAGUGAUGAUGAGCAAGAUAGAGGAGAAAAAGGAGUUUCCAAGAUUAAAAUCUACAACAUAAAAAGUGCAGUUUUUAACUGGGCAAAGAGUUGGGAUGAAGUAAAACAAAUAACCAUAGCAAAUGCAUGGGGAAAUCUUCUUUACAAAAAGGAACCUGAAUAUGAUCUUCAGGGCUUAGAAGAUGGAGAUUAUAGAGAAAUCCUUGAGAAAUGUGGGGAGUUGGAAAACACAUUGGCCGAUGACAGGGUGUGGAUUAAUGGGGAUGAUGAAGAAAAGGGUAGCUCCCCAAAGCCAAAAAGUGGAAUUACAAAGGAAGUUAUUCAGAAAGGAGGAGGAGAUGAAGAACAAACUGCUGAAUUUCAAUUAUCUGCUGUAAGAGAGAGGUUGGACUACCUACUUGACUUCGUUGAUGCCACACCUGAGUUUCAAAGGUUCCAUUUCACACUGAAAGAGAUGCAACAAGAAAUAAUAAAAAAACAGUUCCAGAAUAGAAUCCAUUCUAGAAUUGGUAGUUUUUUGAAACCCAGGCCUUGUAUUGUCAAGGAUUCCUUCAAUAUGCCUUCAACUUCUAGUAAUUAGAUCUUGUGUUUAAAGAUUUGUAUAGUUGUAUGAUGCAGACCUGUUGUGAAUUGUCAUGGUUUUUAUCAACUUAAUUCACUUUGCAUAGCACUGCCCACUUAUAUAUUGUUUAUAAGACAUAAAAUUUUAAAAUAUUUUUUCUUUAAAGUAUAAAAACAUUCAUUAAUCCAUUUUUGUUUCUAUUAUAGACAAAGAUCUGAAUAAUGAAGAGUUAUUGUCCCAGAUUAUCUUAGGUGUAAUGGAUGUGGGAAGAGCAUUACAUUUUAUUUUAUUCAGGCCAUUAACAAGGAAGCCAUAUGCUGAUAUAUAAAAUAAAAAGAAUAGAUUUGGUUGGUUUUCAGUUUAA